UGAAGUUGGAGGUUGCUUGAAAGCUUCAAGGUCAGUUGGAAUGCCAAGUUAUGAAGUAAUAUCUCCACAAGUUGCUUGCCCAACAUGUUCUGGAGCAGGCUACGUGCGUAAAGAUUCCAGAGCAGAGUAUGUGGCUUUAAUUCCUCUGACAGACCGACGUCUUCGGCCGCGUAGAAUAUGCCUUAAACUUUUUGGGUCUGUAGUGACCUGCUCCUUAGUAUUUAUACUUUUAUUGGUAUUUCUCUUUCCGCGAACAAUCUCUUUGAGAAGUUCAGCGUACAAGUUAAUUACGAUAAGUGCCAUUGCCAACAUGCAAGAUAAUUUGAUAGAUCUCACAGUGAUUAACCAAAUUAAUGUAUCAAAUCCUAACUUUGUUCCAACCACAAUAACUAAAAUUAUUGUGUCUCCAAAAUACCGUUCAGUGGAUCUACAAGAGACUGUUAACAAUUCCAUUCAGAUGCUACCGCUUCGCUCAGAAACUUUACUGAAUGUGACAACGAAGUUACUCUUUGAGCAUAAACAUUUCGAUGUAAUUAAAUUAUGUCUUAUGAAAUUACCUUACUUCCAUGAUAUAUACGUAACUUUUACCUUUCAUGUUAGUUAUACAUUAUUAUGGCAAAAUUUUGAUGCAUAUCUUACAAUUAUGCCAUUAGUUGAUUGUUAUCCAACUAAUAUGAAUAUAUCGAAUAUAGAAACUUGAUAAGGAAUAUAAUUCCAUUAAAGAAAGAGAAAGAGAGAGAGAUAUCCACUAUAUUUUCAUUUAUGCUUUAAAUGGAUUUUCUCUCUAAUUUACAUCUUUUUGUUUUUAUUUUUUACAUUUUUUUCUUUAUUUUUUUUUUCGUUUCAAAUUUUAACUUUUCCUAAUUUUAAUCUAAUUGGAUCUACUAAGAUAGAUAGAUAGAGAGACAAGAAUAUCAUCAUCCUCAUCAUCACCAUGAUAAUCAUGAUCAUCCCUUUUUUUUUAUUACUUCAUUUGUAAAUUAAUUGGCAAUCAUUAACAUUAUCAUCAUAAUAAUAAAGAUAUAAGUGAUUUGUAAAUGUAUUUCUACAGGUUAAUUUGUUAAAAUUUAAUUUUUCAUAUGAAAACAUGAGAAAAUCAGACUGGCUUUAGACAUAGUUGCGGCUGC